UAAAGGUGUAGUGCUGAAGUUUGCCCCUACCUGUGUACUGUGUUUUCCUGUUCUUGGCCAGGGUUUUUGGCCGCCGUCUUCCACUCCAGUCUCCGCCGCGUUGUCCGUUGCCGCUUCGCUGUCUUGGCUGAGCUUUCAUCCUCCGGUUGUGUGCAUACUGGGUAAACUGCUAUGAAGGACCAUAAACCUGGCAAAAAGCAGAAGAUUUUAGGCGAUUCAAAUCCUACCAAAGAACCAGAUUACAUCGAAGGUGAACGUCUUGCCAAUCUGCUCAAACUGAUUCAGAGAGGAAUUGAGACAGCGAGGCUUUCUGACGAAAAAUUAUUGCCUGAGAAGAUAUGGUUCAAGCAACAAUUUGCGAUUGGGAUAAACGAGGUCACUCGUGUUCUCGAGCGGAUGACUAAUCCACAAAGCCCACCGCAGCACACAGACUCAAAGCAACAAAAUCCUAGAGGGCCUCCGGUACGACUUCAGGCAGUGGUGAUAGUAGCAGAUUGCAAACCGAGGAUGCUAACGAAACAUAUACCGAACUUGGCUGCUUCGAGGAACGUCCCUGUUGUAUACGUCAGAGACAACAGACGGGCCUGUCUCAGAUUAGGAGAGCUCCUCAAGCUCAAGACAGCUCUUGCCAUCGGCAUCAAGGUCAGAGGGAACGCCAUUAACCAGCUUCUGGAGGGAGUCCUUGUGAGAGAUAGCCCACAAGCCAUCGAUACUGUUGAACAAGACAGCGGAGAAGUUGAAGCACCGGUAAUAUCGUAAAUCUUCUUCGCUUAGGAUGUGGUGGUGGAGGAAGGAAGACACUGUUUGAAGGUUUUGCCAGAACCCAGAAGCACCGGUGGAGUCUUGCAAGCCCCAAAUGGAAUUCUAACACCAAGGUUUGAACCGAACCUGGUUUACACAGAAGAUCCGAAUUGUGUCCGAGGAGAAGGACUCCUUUUACAUCGAAACCCGUUGGAAUGAUAACAAAAAGUUCAAAACUGUAUGUAUUUGAUGCCCAUUUAUUUCGGUUUUAGGAAACUUGUAGGCAUUUCAGGUCAUCAUCAUAUCCAUAUGUUUAUCCCUAUCUUUCUUAUCCAUAUGUUUUUCCGAUAUAUAUUUCAUAUGUACAAACCAUUAUACACGUCUCUUUCCCAAUUGUU